AGGGGUAAGUUCCUCCACAAGGAGGCCCAAGAGAUUCUUUACGGGGAGAAUAAAUUCGUCAUUCGGUCGCAUCAUAAGCAAGCAGGAGAUCUUGAUAUCUUGAAUCAUCUCUCCCUAGACGCAUUGAGUGCCAUGCGCUGCCUCAUGGUCCGCCUGAACAGCUGGCCGUGCAUUCGAGGGCAUAGUGAUGCCAACCUGGACGAAGACUGCAAUGAAUGCAAGAUCUGCUCAUUUCCAGUCCCAUUGAGUGACCCGGAGAUAUCGACUGCUAAUAGCGAUUUUAAAUCUAUUAUUCAAACGUGGACGACAAUUUGCCAGCGCCUGUCGACUGGGGUCUCUCCCGGGCGGCUUCACUUGGAAUUCAUCGCCGAUGUUCGUGAUCUACCAACGGCUAAAAGGUUGGCAGAGCCGCUAGGAUCCCUUCCACGCCUCCAAGGGUGCAUAGUCCGGUUCGGGAGAAAACCAAAUCACACGCUCUCUUCUCUUGCACGCUCCAUAGCUAGCAGGCUCACACACAAAACCGAAGAGGCAGCUACUUCUGGUCGGACAGGGAGAUCCGCCUUCAUAUAUAUACUGAAGCAUACAAAUAUCGGGCCCUGGGGUUCUUUUCUCCCCGAAUUGGAUGCUAUCCAUGUUAUGAAUAAGACGUUUGAUCAGCGAUACACCUUGGCGGGCAAAGGCUCCAUAAUCCCUGUGCGGCGUUGCUGUCAUUACUGUUCUUUUACCAAACUUCACUGCUCUUGCCCUCUCAACUAUGCGGCCUAUAGCCCUCAGUGCCAGUGCCGGGUGUUGCCCCUCGAGCUCUUCCUCGUCAGCCGCCAGAUGCGCCUCGAUGCUUCUGAAGUCUUCUAUGGGGCAAAUGUGUUCCGGUUCCGCGGUCCCUUAUACACAGCAAAUGCU